UUGCCGUCAACACCAACCAGCAGAAUCUAGCAUCUUGUUCUAAAGCCUUCAAGACCAAGAAGGUACUCAAGAUUCCGCUCGAUGGCGGCGGAGUCUUGGUGGUGCUGGCCGCUGUCAGCGUGGCUCAGCUCUGGGGCGUGCUUCCUCUUCUUCAACGCCAUCGUCUGCGUCGUGGCCGUGUUGUCCUGGGGGCGUGGCGGCGGCGAUGCAACACUGUCGGCCAGGCGCAAGAGGCUCACCCGGAGCGCGUCGUCCAUGGUCAUGGACCGCCUCCGAUCCAUGUCGACCAUGUUCUCCUUCAACUACACCUCAGACGAGUACGACAGCAUCACGCCGCCGGCGUCGCAGUUCCACCACGUGCACGGGUGCUACGACGCGCCUCAAGAAGAAGUGGGACAUGAGAUGAGGCAGGCGGCGAGCGAGGUGGAGCCGGAGCCAGCCGUACUACCGGCGGUAGAAAGCGUGACGGCUACCAUGGCUCGACCGGCACCGAGCGCGCCUGUUGCAGCAGCAGCAGCGGCAGCGUCAACGUCAGGAAACGGUAAGGAAGAGCCCGAGACAUGGGAGGAGAUGUCAACACCGGCCGCCGCUAAGGGCGUUGCUACAUUGGAAAGGCUGAGGAAGUGGAAGGUGCCGGGUAUCGUCGAACGGCGAGCGUUUGCAGAGAUCGAAGAGAUGGCGGAGGUGAACGCGCGGGCCGAGCGGUUCAUCCGGCAGUUCCGGGAGGAUCUCAAGCUCGAGCGCCUCAACUCCAUUCUUGCAAGAAAAUGUUGAUUUCUUUGCUUAGCUAGAUCAAUGCUUUCCCUUAAAGGCACUUAUGGAAAGAGCGUGGCCGCAGGGUCUUUGAAGGAAAAGCCUGCAACGCCAUGGCGCUUGCUACGCAGAUUAGGGACGAAGUUGUUGUAGUUG